AUGAACACAGAUAGUGGAGGACGUGCACGAAAAAGUGCCUCCAUUGCUCUCACCCUCUCGCCUCUGAAACGGGUCCAGAGCUCCCCGAAUCUGUUCACAAGCUCUGCAGACAGUCAAACGCCAUUAAAUGCCUGGCGCUCUCGCAGUGCCACUGAUGGGAUGAAGAACGGAGAGGCUGGUGGCUCCUCAUUGGCUGCUAAGGGAUUCCGCAGCGUUCGGCCCAACCUGCAGGAGAAGAAAUCUCCCACGCCGCGCGAAGGUUCACCGUUACGAGGCGGCGCCGUUCUGUCCGGACCUCCGUCCCCAGAGCGGCCCUACAGCCGCGCCAGUCAGGACUCUCCGGACUUCCUGUCCUCGGCGCUCUCCCCAACCCCCUACACCCCUCUGGAGCGGGCGGUGGGGGUGGGGUUGGGGGUGGGGGUCGUUGGCGUAGGCCUCGUCUCCCCCGCCGCGUCACCCGUCACCGUGUCCGCCAUGAGCCAUUACUCGUCCUCCACGGCCGUGCUGGAGGAGCUACAGAUCUGUGGCCUUGACUCCUCCCCCGCUGCUACGCCCACCCCCUCCCCCACCCUCAGCCAGGCUUCUGCUGCCGGCGCCGACGACGGCCAUGCCGCUCUUACCACCCCCACCGCAAACGUCGCCACGGCCACGGCCGUCACCGGCACUAACGGUCAGACAGCAGUGAAUGGGAGUUCGGGGCUGACGGGUAGCCCCCUCAGUCAUCCACAGAGGCCUUUCUCUCCCCCAGCCUACCCUCCUCCCCCACCCAGUCUCAGUCCGGGCGUGGUCCGAGUCCAACAGAGCCGGAGUUCAGAGGGCUCAGAAACAUUGAGGAGGGAGUCAGUGGUGAGUGGUCAGACCACGGUCAGUAGUACGGUGCCUAUCGCACGUUUCUCUGAGGAAGAGAAGAAAGUAUCUGUCAUCAAAGCGCCGCAUUACGAGGGCAUCGGCCCCGUGGACGAGUCAGGCAUCCCCAUCGCCAUCCGCACGACUGUGGACAAGCCCAAGGACUGGUACAAAACCAUGUUUAAGCAGAUCCACAUGGUACAUAAAGCAGACGAUGACUAUGCAGACACAUACAAUGCAACAUACGCCGUGAUCAAUAACGAUCACUACGGCGCCUCCAGCCCGGUCCACGCCCAUCCUCCACCCCGCACACACACGUACCGGCCCCUGUCCAAAACCGCCACGGACAACGGCAGCCCCCAGGCCAGAGACCCGUCUCCCGUGCCCCCCCCUCCGCCCCCCAUGCCCUCCCUGCUGCAGCUGAGGACGCGUGACAGCGACAGAGAGCGGGAGGCAAACAGCACGAAUGAGUGGGGUCCUCCGGACAGGAAAGUGGACACUCGGAAGUACCGCGCGGAGCCCAGGAGCAUCUUUGAGUACGAGCCAGGCAAAUCCUCCAUCUUAGAGCAGGAGAGACCCACCUCUGAGAUAAACCCUGAUGAUAUAGAUUUAGAGAACGAGCCAUGGUUUAAGUUUUUUUCCGAGCUGGAGUUUGGACGGCCGCCUCCCAAAAAGAGACUGGAUUAUAAUCCAGACAGCUCCGCCCGCGCCUUUACUGAGACAUCGCUGUAUCUUACGCAAGCCGACAGGGUUCCAGAGAGGCCGUCAAGUUCUGCCAGUGACUACAGGAAGAGGCGGAAGUCGGAGCCGUCCGUCACUCAGCAGAACGCUGGGGGUGAACAGAAUGCCUCACCCCAGUCAGCGGAUCCACACCGAGCCAGCACCCUGAAAAAGCCCAUCAUACACUCCUCUCCAUCAUCACCAUCCAGACCCAAAGGUGGGGACAGUAGUGACACCACCCACUCCCCUUCCCUGAGCUCUCCAGGUAUGGACCGCCCUUCCUCCCGCCUCUCUGACUCGGGAGGUCGUGACUCCACGAGUCUCUCCACCCCCACGAAGGGGUCCAAACGCUCCAUCUGUUUUAAAAACGGCUGGCAGACCCACAGACAGGACGCGGAGACGUGGAGCAGCAGCGCGGACGACGUCCCGUCGCCCAAACUCAAGUCGCGGAGCUGCGACGACCUCCUCUCCGACGGACACGGAGGCGCCUCCAGCACCGGCGGCCGCACCACCCGGUCGGAAAGCACGGGCUCGCUGCUCUGUGACGGAGCGCCGCUCAAGACCCCCUCCUCGUCCCCCCGAGGGCGACGGCAUCACCGUAAGCUGGCUCACGACACCCCGGGCUUCCUGCAGCUCUACAAGAAGAUGCAUCGCAUCGACCGGGCGCAGCUGCUGCCGUCAGAGGUCAUCCGCUCGGUCCGCGCCCGAAUCCUGGAGCUGGAACGCCAGCAGCAACGCCAGCGGCUCUCCGGAUGGGCUCCCUGGGGGCAGGAGGUGCCUCGGGACAUGGUUCCCAACCGGAUCUCCGAAUAUGAACAGCUCAUCCAGAAGUCCAAGUCCAUGCCCGACCUGGGUGAAGACGCCCCAUCUGGUACCACAACGCCGGGCUCUUCUCGGGCCAGCAGUUGUCCCAAGCGCCGGUUCUCCAUAGAGUCCCUCCUAGAGGAGGAGGAUCUGACCGAAACGGCCCGGAGUCCACCCGAGGGUCAGCCGAGACCCUGUACAGGCGUCGGGAGCGCAGCGCCCGCGCGCGGCCCAAUCAGACAUCAGCACGCCACCACACGAGCCCCCGAGUAUUCAGACAGUGAGCAGGAUGCUUGCGCCUCGGACCUGAGCGACUUCGUCCAGGUAGAGGGCUCGUCCUUCUGCAGCGAGAGCGAUUUCGACCACUGCUCGCUCACCUCGUCCGAGAGCUUCUGUGGAAUGAGCCACCUUCACCACCACCACCAUCACCACGGCCGCCAUCACCACGGACACCACCACCAUCAUCAGAGCCUGGGCCAGAGUCAGGGCUACCAACACCGACACCUCAUUAGCUCCUGCAAGGGGCGGUGUCCGGCCUCCUACACCCGUUUCACCACCAUGCUGAAGCACGAGCGUGAACGAGCCCGUCAGGAAACCAGGACCCCCAGCGCCCUGCGGUCCCACCAGGCAGACCCCGGCCUGUCAAAGCUGGCCUUUCUGGUCAGCCCAGUGCCUUUCCGAAGGAAAAGGGGCUCCCCGCCCAGCCAGAGGCGCCACGGGAGAGGGGGCCGGCCCAAAUCUAAAGCCGCCAUCUACGAGGCCCUGGAUGCUGCUUUGCAAGACAUCUACGACCACAUAAGGGCGGAGAAAGGGCUGGGCCCGGCCCGCCUGCCAGACGACAGCAUCCUCCGGAGACUGCUGGAGGAGCUGCUGCCGGACGUGCCCGAGCGGAGCUCCUCGUUACGGGGACACCGAGGGUCCCGCCACCCCUCGACCCACCUUCACCACCAGCCUUACCACGGCCAGGCCGAGUCCAACGACGCCUCCUACGGUGCUCACCACAGUGCCUCCUACCAGCACCUCCAACACCACUCGGACGCCUCAAACAAUAACCAGCAAGCUAAUGCUAAUGCACACUGCUACUCAGAUCAGACCUCUGAUGCUAGUCAUCACAGCUCUCAGAGCAGAAGAUCCACCCCUGAGAAACAGGUGUCCUCUAAGCAGAUGACAUAUCUCAUACUCUGUUCUCUCCUCCAUCAGAGGCAGCCUGCCCGAGCUAUCUAUGAUUUUAAGGCUCAGACGCCCAAGGAACUGUCCUUUAAGAAGGGUGAUGCGGUGAACAUUAUAAGACAGAUUGACAGCAACUGGUAUGAGGGAGAGCAUCGGGGACGAGUGGGGAUAUUUCCCAUCUCCUACGUAGAGAAGAUGCCGUCCGCUGAGAAGCAGCAGCCGGUCAGGCCGCCCCCGCCGGCCCAGGUGAGAGAGAUGGGUGAGGCCGUGGCACGUUACAACUUCAACGCUGACACUAAUGUGGAGCUCUCUCUGAGGAAGGGUGAAAGGGUGAUACUGCUACGACAGGUGGAUCCUAACUGGUACGAGGGGAAGAUUCCGGGCACGAACAAACAGGGCAUCUUUCCUGUCUCCUACGUGGAUGUCAUCAGGAGGUCGCCCUCUAAGAGCCCUGCUCACCAUGGCGACCAGCCAAGCUACAGGACACCGAAGAGAACGGCGCAGGACGCGGCCCACGCAGGAGGAGAACCUUUUCAGGCGGUGUACAACUACGUCCCUCGUAAUGAGGAUGAGCUGGAGCUGAGGGAGGGGGACGUGGUGGACGUGAUGGAGAAGUGUGACGACGGCUGGUUUGUUGGAACCUCACGAAGGAGCAAGAUGUUUGGCACUUUCCCAGGAAAUUACGUCAAACCGCUAUAACAGCAUUGCCUGGCCCCGCCCCCCUUUGGCCCCGCCCCUCUGUUCCAGCACAACGAUGGCAACCAACAGCGGCUCGCUAUACAGAGCCCUGAAGGAACCUUCACUACGCCCCAGUGUGUGUGUGUGUGUGUGUGUGUGUGUGUGUGUAUGUGUGUGUGAGCGUGUGUUUAUCACACAAAACGAUUUUAGCUGCAACUAGCCAUCUUCACCAGAGAUUACUUUUUAUUAUUCCUCUUUUUGUUUGUUUGUUUGUUUAUUUGUUUUUUUUUAGUGCUCAGCUUUUUAUUUCAGGCAAGAAAAAAAAACAAAAAAAAACAGCUGGAUACGGAGAAGUGCUUUCCCAUUGUACAUGAGAAUAUUUCAGUACUUUCAGUCUGUUUUAUGAUUUGUCUGGUUUAUUACUGAUUAAAUAUGCAGUAAAUGCAGGUUGUAACCAUAAUGGGUGAUGCACACGUGACCUGCGUCCGUACAGAAUGACAGAACUGACACACAUGACACACGUGACCUGCGUCCGUACAGAAUGACAGAACUGACACACAUGACACACGUGACCUGCGUCCGUACGGAAUGACAGAACUGACACACAUGUCACACGUGACCUGCGUCUGUACAGAGCGACAGAACUGACACACGUGACCUGCGUCCGUACAGAAUGACAGAACUGACACACAUGACACACAUGACCUGCGUCCGUACGGAAUGACAGAACUGACACACAUGACACACGUGACCUGCGUCCGUACGGAACAACAGAACUGACACACGUGACACACGUGACCUGCGUCUGUACGGAGCGACAGAACUGACACACAUGUCACACGUGACCUGCGUCUGUACGGAGCGACAGAACUGACACACGUGACCUGCAUCCGAACGGAACGACAGAACUGACACGUCACUGUUCAGCACUCGAGCAGAAAGCAACAAAAAGCAAUGUCUUCACUCUCAUCACUCAGCCAGACACAGGCAGUACAGUUUGGAGUGAUUUUGGCAUCGCUGUGUGUGAAAGAAAGAGUGGAAAGGAAUGUGUGUGAGAGGGUGUGUGUGUGUGUGUGUGUGUGUGUGUUAUUAGAUCACAGAGAAGGAAAGGUGUUUUUUUUUUUACCAGUACAGCUAUAGGAAGGUCGAGCUGUGAAGGUCUUUUUUGGCUGAAUUAACAGGGCGAGAUCAAAAGCAAUGGCAUUUAUGAAUUCACUCCCAGUGUGUGUGUGUGUGUGUGUGUGUGUGUGUG